AUGGCUGAAAGGACGAUAGAGAAUUCAUCAGAUCUAGGUACUUCGAAACCUCAAGAGGAUAUUGAGAAGCAGCAAGAAGCAAUACUCCUUGAGCUAAAGAUGAUUCUAGAAACAGUUAGGAAUAUUGACAGGAAUAUUGUAAAGUCAAUUGAAUUGUUGCAAGACCCUACAUCUACUAACUUGCAUAAAAGCAACAACAACACUCAAAAAGACUUGAAUCACAAUGAUUUAAUAAAGAAGAACAUUGAAGUGAUAUCAGAUAUCCUUAGGAUGUUGGAUAGCCUAUAA